AUGGCGUCCGCCGGAAUCAGCAGCAUGGGGAAUGGCAAGGCCGUGCGUGCGCUGCUCGCCAUCGUCGCCGUCAUCGCCGCGUGUCUCCCCCAGCCGUCGCAAGCAGCAGCAGCAGCGAGCGUGUCGGUCCCAGUGCCGAUAGGCACGCCGAUGACAAUCAACGGGCGCACAUUCAAAUUCUCGCCGCGCCGCUGUGUCAACCUUCCCGCCGUGUCGCCGUCUCAGAAGGCGCGGGUGGUGGUGCCGUGGCAGCAGGCGAGCAUGUCUGGCAAGGCUAUGUGCCGCGCGAUCUGGUUCUUCCAGGAUCCCGCGUGCAAAGGACAGACGUUGGACGUUUUCGUGAAUGGCCAACAGAGUGAGAAGCGCAUCUCCGGUGCAGCAAGGUCCGCCCUCUGCCUCGUAGACAACAUGUGUCGGUAUGCGCGCUGCCCUGCCGGCUCUGACACAUGCACCCCACCCACGGACGACCGCACGGCAGUGACGUGCGCGUGCAAGAAAGGCUACAGCGCGGUCAACAACAAAUGCCAGCCUCCCAGUGAGCUUC